GGUCCUCAUUGAAGAUCGAAUACUCAAAGUACUCGACAACAGUUGUACUCUCAGUACCCAGUCCAAUCUCUGUCUCUGCUCUAUGGAAGGAAUCGGCUCGCGUACCGGUCGACCAUCUUCCCGGUACGGCUCUGCGCCGGUGUUCACCGGACCGGUGAGAAGGUGGCAAAAGCAGUGGGUCCAUGUCUCAUCAUCGUCUUCUUCCAUCACUUACAACCACAGUAACAACAAUUCUAGCAACAGCAACAACAACGCCUCUACUGUACGAAUUCGCCGUUGGACUCCUGUUUCCUCAGCUCCGUCCGGCGAAGAAACGGAGUCUGGAGCAGAAGAAAGACCGCGGCGGAAGCUGCGGUAUGCUCCGAUUGUAGUGUUGGAGAAGAAAAAGGAAUCUGAAAGGACUGAUAAUGAUGUUAAAGAAGAAAGCAAGACACAUCAACCUAUUGCUCAAGAAACAUCAGAAACUGAUAAUGAAAACGAAAGGAACUUUGAUGAUGUCCUUUCAGCUAAAUCUCAGAAUGAGCCAUCAACCGAAGACUUGAACCACCAGCCAAUGGAAAUGGAAGAGCAUGACGAAGACCAUGAUUUAGGUGGUGAGAACAAAGUGGCUGACUGGGUUAAGGCUGCUCAGAGGGGUUUUGCACGCUGAAUAACUUAAGAACUCCAUUAAGAACAUGAUUGUGAAGAUGUGAAGAUGAUGAAACUUGUCAUUAAGUGUGUGUACUUUAGGAUUCAUGUAAAUUAAUCUUUGUUGACUAUGUUUGUAGAUAAUCCCUCUCUGUGUGUGACAUCUUUAGGUUUAAAUCAAAUAACCCCCAAGGUGUGUUUGUUCUCAAAUAUAA